AUGGAUAUGAUGAAGGUAGAGAAUCGGGGGCUAGAGCAGCGGGUGAAGGAGUUGGACGCCUCGCUGAUCGCCGAACGGGAGGGCCGCUCGGCCGACCGGGCUAAAGCAGAGGGGGCUCUGAAGGACCUUCAAGAUGCCCUUGACGCUUCCAAGGCUACUCUUAAAGAGUAUCAAGACGGGGAGCCCAGUCGGUCGGCGGAGGUGCGCAAAGCAUUCGUCUGCUCGGACGAAUUUGGCGAAAGGAUGAUCUUGAAGAGGUCUCAGGGUGAAGAUUGCCACAAUAAACAGAACUUUUUCAAGCAAUUUCAUCGAUUCCGCCCAUUUUGUUCAUCAUCGAUGGCUGCGUCCUCGUCCGAUCCCAAGGAAUCCCCCUCCAACAACCCCGGACUCCACACGGAGCUCGACGAUGCCACCAAGGGAUACUUCUUGCAGCAGACUAAUACUGCAUCAGCACCAUCUGAUCCAACUGAAAGAACCGUGUGGACUUUUGGUCAGAAAGCUACACUUGAGCUUACACACAACUGGGGAACAGAAAGUGAUCCGGAAUUUAAGGGCUACCAUAAUGGAAAUUCAGAACCACGUGGCUUUGGCCAUAUUGGAAUCACUGUUGAUGACACAUACAAAGCAUGCGAGCGAUUUGAACGUCUAGGGGUAGAGUUUGUACAAAGACCUGAUGAUGAAAAAAUGACAGGCAUUGCCUUCAUUAAAGAUCCUGAUGGCUACUGGAUUGAAAUUUUUGACUUGAAAACUAUAGGGGGUGUGGCUUCUGCUGCUGCUUAAUCAAUG